CAUUGCGUCGAGUAGCUUAUAGAUCUAGGCGGUAUAUUUAACGACUGGUAAUUUGCACAGAAAACAGCCCUUGGCUAGCGAGCUCUUUCUCCGUGCUUGGAUAUGUGCAUACAUACACACCUACGGCAGCAGCGUAAACAUACAGGGUACCCCAAAGAGACCGGGAUAACACGGUGGUAGGCCCUGCAACACACCUGGCCAGCGUCCAGCCUCCGGGGUGACCAGUGAGGGGCAGCUCAGUAAGGGAGGCGGACUUGAGCGUUCAUAUUCAUUGAAUGUAUUUCUACCACUGGGCAAUAGGAGUUUAGGACUGUAUGAAUUUAUUUCCAGCACGUAGUGAAGCUUUACUUUGAGGUUAGAAAACAUUUUGAAAAAAAAAAAGAAAACAACAGAUGAAUGAGGUGGUAAACUAAGCAGGACAUAAAUAACUAACUGCAGUUUAUUUUAUUUGCUCAUUGCCUGGAGAAUUCAUAUGUGCAUCUAGAUCUCGAAUGGACAGAAUCAAAAGUGAUGUGCAGGCGUUUUUUCUCACUAUAAUCGUCGUGAAAAGGUGGUAUAAAAUGCAGAACUGGACCAAGAGACCCGUGGGUCAGCAGCGUUGUAAAAAUUAACCGUUGGUCGUGUUCCAGGGACGCAGCGGGUCAGUUAAGUGCCAGCUCAGGUGAAGCUGUGAAGGUGUUAUUCCAGAGGAGCGUUCAGGUGCUCAAGUGCUCUCUAGACUCCAGCUCUCCCGCAGGUCCAAUUUACGACCACCGCGCGAGCUGCCUGCACUAAGAAUAGCACUCUCCAACAGUUCGUUGUAUAAAAUCAUUUGCAUCUAUUCAAUCGCAUGUUUUAAAGAUCGAUAUUAUUAGUUGCGACGGAGAGACCGUAUCGGAGUUUGAACAGUUACGUGAUUAAACCCCUCCAAUCAUAUAAACUAGCCGAUACAUGUAGCACUUUGCUAAACCUCCUUAAAGUCCACCUGAAAAACCUCGUCGCGCAUAAGAAAUUUUAACUGGACAUCAGAGCAACCAUUCGGCAUUAUUCUAUUUCUCCAAUGAAAGGACAAACACGUGAAAAUAUGCAACAAUGAAGCGGAAAUAAGAGCACAGCAAAGCUAUUAGACUAAGAUCAAUCAAGAAGAGGCGCGAACGUGACGAGCAGAAUUCACGCUGCACCACCACGGACCUGUAGUCAUAGCUUGGUGAAAAGCGGGGACGGCUCUUAUAAUGCCAGGCUCAUUCUCGCCAAGGCGUGAACAGUGCUUAUUAAAUAGUUUGGAAACGGAUUAAAACAGGAUAGGCUUUUAACGGGGAAGCUACAAUCAACCUUCCUAUCGUUAAGGCACGCAAUUCGACUGGUGGAUGAACGAUUGAAGCCGACUUGUGAUUCAACGGGGGAGAUUUUACAGCACAAGGCAAACGUGCAAUGAAACCGGGGUUUGCCUGCUUGCAGACAAAUUAUUACCUAGAAAACGUUGCAAUGCAUUACAAUUCAAAAAGAAAGCGGACGUGGUUAAUCAUGGAAAAUCGAGAUGAUUACAUUCACAGGAAGGGAUAGAUUUGAAAUCACGCGCAUUAAAAAUGGAGGCACACCUCGAGGCUAACGCAGGGCAGGUGCGUUGACCGUUCGAACGCUUUUUUUUUUUUUUGAGGAUAUUUUUUCAUAUACUCGUUUUGAAAUGAUGGGACUGGAUAUGUACAGCAGUGUGAGUAUGGUGGCCAACUACAUGUCCGUUAUGGUUUGGGCUAUGUUCAUGGUAGUUCUCACAUCCGGGCGAGAUGUCGGUCUCAAGGUUGUCGUCCGCGCACACAGUGAUAAUGGGAAGAUAGUUCGUGACUAUUACAUGGACACGACAGACUUCUGUUCCAGUAACAGGAAGAUGCACAACUUUUCCCUUGCAAUAAACGAGGUGAUUCAUAUCCAUGGAAUCCACGCCGCCUCCAGAGUGCCAAGUUUCCCGCCAAAAGCCUGUUCCCAAGGUUACCACGGCAAGGUGGCGAGAUAUUUCGUCAUAGAGAUUACAAAGUUUGAAAUCAGGAACUGUGAUGUUACACUGACGAUUCUCUCUGGAUUGCUACAGAAAUAUUCACUUCUGAGAGUUUACAACUGCCGGAACUACACUAAUGAAGUCCUACACGUCUAUGCAGACAGCUUUAUAUUCCUGUUGGGUAAAAAAUAUACCAGAACGUCCGAGUAUUACUUUGACAUCAAACUCUCCACGCUUGAUCCAGGGUCAUCGAUAAACGGCGCCACGGCCAGUCGCCAUGUUGCAGCUUACAGUAGUUUUCAGUUUUGCCUGAAGGUGUCCUUCUUGUUGACAUUCCUCAACUCACACAUGUCCCCGCCCAGGUGACCGCGUCAAGGAGGGUAUUACAUCAAUCACACCGCCGAUGACUUACGUGGGCCAUUGAAUGAGAGGGCAAGAGGACAUAUGUUUGUCAGGCCGACAGACUUAAUAAAUAAGGAAUAUGAAAUGAACAAAUGGGGAAUGUGAUGGCUACAUGCCCAAAUAUACGUCAUCACUGGCGCACCGCAGUCCACGCCCCCCCAUGAUGAAGGACAACCGGGGAUGAUACACGUUGCACUUUUAUUGAAAGAAAAGUAAAAGAAUUACAAAGCAAAAUAUGCUGGGGGCGUGCCGGCAAUGCAGCAGUAUUUUUUUUUCAGUUUUAUGACAAGUAAAUUGACUCGUGGUUAAAGGAAGGAAUGUAUAUAUUUUUGCACAUAAUGGAGGAUAUACAGUAUAUCAGUGUUUGUAUUGAAAUGGAAUUUUACUCAUCAUUUUACAUUGAAGAACAGCUGAAAUUAUUAGAAGCUGUCUGGUUCUGCAGGACCCGCACAAAUAUUCUGUUCAGAGUUACAAUGUUUAAAAUGAAUACCAUGGAACGAGUUAUCGUCUUUACAAAUUCUCAAUAUAUAUUUGAAAAACUUGCAGCUCAAGAUCAGAAAUUUUUGAGGAGAAUGCUUUAGUCCACUCUAAGGAUAUAAGGAUUCUGUGCUUAUAACAGGUUUAUCAUUCUGUCAUUGGAAUUUAAGACAGUCGAAAAAUUAUGCCACUGCUUGAAGACAGUAAAAGCAGUUCUUGGCGGUUGCUUAAAACGAUAAGCACCGGUAGUGGAAGACUGACCGUGCCGUAUAACAGACAAAUACCUGUGUUUAUUGGCACCCGAGGAAAAAUCUGG